UCCAGUGCAUGUGAUCAUAAACCCCCAAAUCCCAGGAAAAUCAAAGAGUAGAGUUGUGAUGACUGGAAUGAAUGUAAUUACCUGUACAAGUCCAUGGAUUUGCAUGUCCAUGCUGUUUUCCAGGUACCCGAGCUGGGACACCCAUGGUGUGCCACCAUUGCCAUUUGCAGUGCUCCAAGUCCCAACCAUUUUGAAGACCUGGUGUGAAACCCACUUUUGCUUGUAUCUCAGUACAGCUCUUCCUAAUACAAUUAAAACCCAGAGUGCUUGAAUUGUUGGCUCAGGCAACUCCAUCUGCCCAUCUGUUUUUCUGUCUUAUUGCUCUCACUUUGAUGUGUGUCAGUUCCCUCCUUGCCAGCGUGUUCAGCUGUGCAAGAGAUCUUCCUCUGCCUCCUUCAAGACCUUCCUUUCAACACGUGCACAGGAAUAUAGAAAUCCUGACCAACUUCAUAAAGAACUGUGACAGAAACCAGUAGCUCUGCCCUGAGAGGUUCUUGUGUGGGAUCUCUGGUCAGCUGGAGCUUCGAGAACUUCACUUUGUGUUCCAGCCUCCUGCAGUGGGGUGGGUUUUGGGAUGUGUGUGCUGGAUGCUGCGGGGCAUGGUCCAAGAGGGAGCAAACACCAUGACAAAUGAUGUUAUGGUAAGGGCAUGGCCGAAUUCCAUGCAGUCAGCUCAUUUUCCCCGUGGGGAGUGUCUGCCCUCGUGUGCUGUCAGUCGGUCGGCACGGGGAAGUGCCAGGGGGCGAUGGAAGGUGGAUGAGGCACGGCAGAAGGCCGGGUGCUGUGCCCGGGUUGGGCUGUGUGUGCUGUUUGCAGAAGGUUCAGCAGAGGUGUGAGUGCGGGGCUGCACGGAGUGAGACACGGAACAGCCAGAUCCCAGCCUGCUUUCCAAUGACAGCUUCACCUCUCCCUGCCGCCGUCACCUGGAAGGAAGUUUUCCUGGAAGGAAAGCCGCAGAAGCGAGGAGGAGGUCAGCAGCGGGGGCAGCAGGGAGGACUCGGAGCAGGCUUUGGUCAACAGAGAAUCAGAGACAGCAAAUUACAUCUCCCGAGUAGCAGCAAACCUAUGGAAGGGCGGGAUGGGGAACGGCAGGAGGCAGUGAGAGGAAGAACGACGACGACGACGAUGAUGAUGAUGAUGAUGAUGAUGAUGAUGAUGAUGAUUAGCGUAUGGCCGAGGGCUGCAAGAGGAGGGGACUUUUAAAGGGAUGCUGAAGAGGCAGUGUGGGGUAAGGGCAGAGGAGGAGGGAGCAAUGGAUGGGGAAGGAGGCAAAGGCGGGCCCUGAGCACGGCAGAGAAGGUCUGAGCAGAAGGGGAGCCAGCAGACUCUGUGACCGGGAGCCAUGUCGGUCAAGCUGACGUUUGUGUCCCCUGGGGACGGCGCUGGGAUCAGCAGGAGCUGCUCCUUCACGGGAUUCAGCACGGUGCAGAGCAGGAAAGCGGCCAAAUCCCUCAGCAGAAGCUCAGUGAGAUCGAGGAUGUCACUGAAAUCCCCCAAGGCCUAUAACUCCCUGCAGAAGGGGGCACUCAUCUGGGAUCCAAAGCCACUGCAGGUGAAGAAAAUUUUUGAAGCUUUGAAGAAAGGACUUAAUGAAUACCUGGAAGCACAUCAGGCUGAGCUGGAUUAUCUCUCUGGUCGGCACAAAGACACAAAAAGGAACUCUAGAUUGGCUUUCUACUAUGACCUGGAUAAGCAAAUCCGCUCUGUGGAGAGAUACAUCAGGAAAUUGGAGUUUCACAUUAGCAAGGUAGAAGAGCUCUAUGAAGCUUACUGCAUCCAGUGCAGGCUGAGGGAUGGGGCCACCAACAUGAAACACGCCUUCUCCCUGUCCCCUUCCACCAAAGCCUCCAGGGAGAGCCUGGUGGAGCUCUACAAGAACGUCCAGGAGUGCACAGAGGACAUGUGCUUUAUAGAGGGGGCUCUGGAGGUGCACUUGGGAGAGUUUCAUGUGAAGAUGAAAGGGCUGGUGGGCUUUGCUCGUCUCUGCCCAGGAGACCAGUACGAGGUGUUUGUGAGACUGGGGCGCCAAAAAUGGAGGCUGAAAGGCAAAAUUGAGACUGAUGACAGCCAAACAUGGGAUGAGGAAGAAAAGGUUUUUAUACCCAAUCUGCAUGAGAAGUUUGAAAUCAAGGUGACAGAGCUUCGAGGCCUGGCCACCAUCCUGGUGGGGGUGGUGACGUGUGACAGCAUCAACUUCUUCAGCACCAAGCCCCAGGCCAUCGUCGUGGAUAUAACUGAGCUGGGCACCAUCAAGCUGCGGCUGGAGGUCCUCUGGAACCCCUUUGACACAGAGAACCUGUUUCUGUCACCUGGAAGCACUGCCAAGUUUUCUGUGGGUAGCAGGAAGAGCUCGUUGUACAACUGGACCCCCCCAAACACCCCCAGCUUCAGAGAGAGAUAUUACCUGUCUGUUUUGCAGCAGAGGCAGAGCCCAGGGGAUGGAGGGGAGGAAUCCCAGCCUCCCAGCAUCCUGAGCUACUUGGCUGCCUGUGAUUUCGAUGUCCCGGGGAGGAACAAGCCCCACAACCCUGUGGAGACGAGCGAGGGAGACUCGCUCAGCUCUGAGGACCAGAAAGGGGCAGAAUCCAGAAGUACAACGCCAGCCCUGGACCACAGGAUGUUGCCACUGGUGAUUAUUCGGGAGACUGGAGGGGAAGAGCUGCAGCAUCCUCUGGCAGACCACAGCACUCUGGACAUCCUGAAGAAGACGCCGUGUGCGGGUGGCUUCCCCAGCCCCUCCACCUUUCCCACCCGUCACAAAGGCAGGACGGACUCUUUCGGCCAGGCCCGGAAUCGCCGCCUGGCAGAGCAGGAAAACAUCAGCCAGAAAAGCUGGAAUGUGGCAGGUGACCUCAAAGCAGAUGGGCGAGCAAAGUCGAUUGACAGGACUCUGCAGGAAGUGUUAAAUUUGCUGAAAUGGCGCGAUGAGGGGCAAGCCCAGCUGGAGAAAUUGGAAUGCCAGGUUUCGUCCCUGAGGGAUAAAUUGAAGCUCAAGACACUUCACAAACACUCGUCUAUGGAGAGUUUGAUGGUGGAGACAGUGCUGGAGAGUUUUGAUUUCCUGAACGCUGACUGCAGUGCUGAUGAGCUGUCCCUGUUUGGGAGUGUAAGGACAGGCAGUGUCAGCACAUACAAUGGCAAUGUGCUCCAGUCCCUGAGCUGUGACACAAGACCAGAAGCACGAGAUGUAACUACUGGGGAUGACAACCUAGACACGCUGUUGAUAACACACCUGAGGCUGUGCAAAGGUCUCCUGCAGAAACUGAGGACACCAAAUGUAGCCCAGGUGGUCCAGGAGAGCAUUUUGGAAGAAGUGUCAGAGCAGACACGAGUCCUGGGGGAUGUCCUGGAUCUGUCUGUUGAGAAAAUUAUUCAGAAGACUAAAAAGAAGAAGCAGUAUCUGAAAAUCUGGAGUGAUCUUGCAGAGCCUGGCAGCAGCAUCUUGGUGACCUCAGCAGAAAGGUUCCGUCAUGCCCUGAAAUACACAAUGAUGCUCAAAGUGAAGGAGAAGUACCCCAGCCACCUGGAGACAGUGCUGCAGAGGCUGCUGGAGCAGAUCCUCACCUGUGACGGGUUGCUCCCCUCCUCGCAUUUCCAAACGGAACCGGUUACUUUAUUCCAGUUUUAUCGUUACCUGGAGAGACACCGCAUUGGCAGCCUGGAGAAACACCUGGCAAAACUUGCUAAAGAAGCGAUGCUGAUCGAGGAGCUGCAGUGCCCCGGCAGGCUGAAAACGCUGAAGAGGCUGAAGGGGAAGAGGCUGAGCCGGCUGCAGCCGCUGCCACGGACACUACGGCUGCUCGGGCUGCUGCAGCUGGACCAGAACCACCGAGUGAGCAAAGCGGCCACCGCCUGCCUGGCCCGGGCCAGCGGCAGCAGCAGCCUCCGUGCACGGGCUGUCUUGUUUUACACCGAUGUUUUAUCCGACUGUGACACGAGGCUUCAGCAGGCUGCGUGUCUGGCUCUGAAGAACCUCAGGGCUGUGGAGAGCAUCGAGCAGGUUGCCCACCUGUGCCAGUCUGAAACAGAGGAAGUCAGGAAUGCAGCCAGAGAAACCACACUGUCCUUUGGGGAACGGGGCCGACAAGCCUUCGAGAAGAUGGACAGGAUCUGCUGUGAACUGAGAGAAACAGCUCAGGAGGCCGAGAUUGAAAUCACAGUGUUUUAGUAGUGGAAUGUGAGGAGCUGGAUCCCCUUGUCCUCACAGCCACACGGGUACCUGAGGGUUUGGUUUUGUCUGGUUUCCUUCACUGCCUCCUGCCCCAGGACAGGUUUAUUUCCAAAGGGGACAGUUUGUGCUCUCCAUGAUUUUCUCAGUCUAACACAUGAGAUACCAAGUGCUGGGCAAAUGAAAGCUGGGAUCUCUCAGAAUGUGGAUCCACAUAUUAACUGGAGUUCAAGUCUCCAUCUUGCUGGAAUUAGCUGUCCCUGCUCCAAUUCUGUCCAAUAUGAUCUAUUUUCCCAGGAAGCAAUUUAUUAAUUUGGCAUUCUCCAAGGAGACAAAUGAUCACCCUCCCACACUAUCACCUGCCCUGUCAGUAGAACAAAUCCAGCACCAUUGCUGGGUGGUUUCCUUUGCUUGGGCAAUUUAGCUGCAGAAGGAAUACCUGGUACUCCCUAAGUAAUUUUCUUAAUAAUUGUUGCAGGCCAGGCCAGGUGCAGCAGGGCCUGACAGGCUCUGGAGGAGGUGUGUGCUCAGCAGCAGGGCUGCAGGGGUUUGCCAUGUGCAGGUCUGACUGACAGUGGGACAGGUUUGGUUUUUUUAAAUGCUGAAUUUAGUCAUAGACCAAGACUUCUCCUCCACCCCUGGUGGGGCUCAUCCCCCAGCCCUGGCUGGCAGGGUGCCAUGGGGAGCAGCCUGGCUUCAGGUGUAAUACUUGAAAGGGUUGGGCUUGUGUGUACAUAUUUAUAUAUAUAUAUAUAC